UGCUGCAGAUCGCUGGCCGUGCCCGCCAUGGGGAGCCGCAGCCUCCUGGCCGCCCUCCUGGCCUCCACCCUCGGCGCCCUCCUGCCGCCCCCCGCCGCCUCCCGCAAGCUCCUGGUGUUCCUGCUCGAUGGCUUCCGCUUCGACUACAUCGACGACAGCGAGCUGGAGAGUCUGCCCGGCUUUCGGGACAUCGUGAACAUGGGGGUGAAGGUGGAUUACAUGACCCCAGACUUCCCUAGCCUCUCCUACCCGAAUUACUACACGCUGAUGACAGGUCGUCACUGUGAGGUUCAUCAGAUGAUUGGAAACUACAUGUGGGACCAAAAGACAAACGUGUCUUUUGAUAUUGGUGUGAAUAAAGAAAGCCUGCUGCCUCUCUGGUGGAAUGGAUCGGAGCCUUUGUGGGUCACAAUGAUGAAAGAAAAAAAGAACGUUUCCAUGUACUACUGGCCAGGUUGCGAGGUCGAAAUCCUUGGAGUCAGACCGAGUUAUUGCCGCGAGUACUUCAGUGUCCCAACAGACAAAAACUUUGCAGACGCCAUCAGAGAUGCCCUCGAGUCUCUGAGCAACGGCAGCGCCGAGAUGGCCGCCGUCUACUACGAGCGCGUCGACGUGGAAGGCCACCACCACGGCCCCGCGUCGCGCCAGCGGAAGGCCGCCCUGAAGGCGCUGGACAAAGCCUUCAGCAGCAUGAUCGCACUCAUCAAGAGCAUGGGCCUUCAGGAUGACAUCAAUGUCCUCCUCUUCUCUGACCACGGGAUGACAGACAUCUCUUGGGCAGACAAAGUGAUUGAGCUGAAAAACUAUAUCAAUAUGAGUGACACCAUCCAAAUGAAGGACCGAGGUCCUGUUGUGAGCCUCUGGCCAGUUCCAGAGAAGCACACAGAGAUAUAUCAAAAAUUGAAAGCUGUGCAACACAUGCAUGUUUAUAACAUUCAGGAUAUUCCAGACAGAUUUUUCUACAAAAAAGGAAAAUUUGUGUCUCCUCUAACUCUUGUGGCUGAGGAAGGAUGGUUCAUUGUAGAGAGCAGGGACAAGCUGCCCUUCUGGGAGAACGGGACGGGCUGGAAGGAGGCCUGGCAGAACGGCUGGCACGGCUAUGACAACGAGCUCAUGGACAUGAGAGGCAUCUUCCUCGCAUACGGGCCAGAUUUCCGAUCCAACUACCGAGCGCCCCCCAUCAGGUCCGUGGAUGUUUACAACAUCAUGUGCAGCCUGGCAGGAAUACAGCCGCUGCCCAACAAUGGCUCCUGGUCCAGGGUGGAAUGCAUGCUCCGAAACGCGGCCGCCCUGGCCCCGCUCCCCCCCGCCGGCAGCUGCGUCCUGGCGCUGGCGCUGCUCUCCCUGCUCGCCGAGCGCAUCUCCUCGCUGUGAUCCCCCAACAACGUCAGUCAGUGUCACCAGCAACUCCAUUCUUUCUUUUCUUUUCUUUUUUUUUUUUAAGUUCCUCAUUUGCAUAACAACUUCCUUAAUAGAAUGUUGCCCCUACUUUUCUCCAUCGUGCUACACCGGGCGUGAAUCUGACCCACCCAGCUUUUACAGAGGCUGCAUACAACAUGAAGCCAUGUUUUUGCUGCUCUAAACACAUGCAGGGAAGCUGGUGUUGCUACUGCAGACUUUGGGCACUGGUAACAAGAGCAGAAUCCCAGCCGGCUGUCCACACAACCUUCUGGUGUGCGCAUGUGGAGCUCUCUCCAAGCGUCAAAUGCAUCUUGCCCCAGCAUCUUUAAAUGAGAAGCUGCCCCUGGCUCCCAGUGCUGAGAAGCUCAAGGGUGAAGACAGACCUCUGCACCUUUGUGUCCUUUCUGGUUUACUCCAUCUCCAGCAGAGCCCCAACUUCUUCCUUACAGUACCAGUCAAGCCCCAUCAGCACCAACACAUGCUUCAAAGAGCUCUUUGCUGAGCGAUUGUAAUGUUGAGGGGCAGGAGAGCAGUGAGAGCAGUGAGAGCAUCCUACUUCUCUCAGCCUUUCCUUCUUCAUUUUCCUCAAAGUGAACCCUGGCCCUGCACACCUCAAAGGUCAGGCUUUCCUCACGGACCAGAGUGGAGGGGAGGGCUGGGAAAAGGGAGCAAUAAAAAUCCUCUGCUUCAGAAAUGGGAGGAAAGUGAAAAGGCAUCUGGACACACAGAGGUCAGGAGAAAGUAGGAUGAGGAAGCCUGGCAUUUAACAACCUCUGCUUUUCCUGGUGAAGAUAUUCUCUGCUCAGAUUUCAGGGGUUUGUACCCAAUUGCUUUUCUGAAGGUUUUUCAACACUUAGUGCUUUUCUACCACCUGUUGCUCUCUACACCCCUGCCUGGUGAACAGCACAUUACCAUUUAUUCUGAAACAGGGAGAAAAUGGAUCUCCCGCCCUCUCAGUUAAUCCUAGCUAGUAUUUCCACCACAGUCUAUCAAGCCCAAAGUUGUAAAGUUAAAUAGCAGGAGAGGAUGGAGCUGUUGUUGGAGGUAAAGCCUCUGAAAGGUAAGUUAAAUGGGUGAUGUAAUCCUGAAAACAUCAACGUGGCAGAUAUAUUAAAUCCUUGAAAAACCUGGUUUUGCCCUACUUAUUCACUCCAGAGCAGCCAAGGUCCACCUUGGGCUGAUGUUCAACACAGGGCUGGUGGCAGAGCCAGCACCAUGGUCUGUUAGCUCAGAAGAUUCAUUUCACCUAACUGCUCAUUUGUCUGGUUGUCACAGUCCUUGGUGUUACACACUGGGAUGUAUGUAUGCUGUGGCAGGUCACUAGAAAGGUGUUAUUUUUGCAUCACUAAACUUCCACUGUGAAAUAAGCUUGUCUAGAACAGGGCUGUAGGGUCUGAUCCUGCAAAGUGUUCCUUCCAGGCUGUGGCCUUCAGCAACGCUUUUGGGAGUGCUCAGCACUUCUUCUGAAAUACAUCUGAACCAGGGGCUUUCUGUAACAAAAUGCCUUUGGAAGGAUUUAGGUCCCUCCCCAUCCAAAAUAAACCCCUAGGACUUACUAUUCCUAUGGAUCCAGAGCCAAGCACCAUCCAGGUAUGUGUGGUACAGUGAGUUUCAGGGUGAAUGAUUACACCAAGGAGAAAAAAAAAACACACCAAAUUAAACCUGACAAAAGACUUCUGUAAUAGCUGUAAAGAUUUAUGUAAUGUGUUUUUAAAGCUCAAGUGAACCUUCAAAUCAAUUGGGAAAAAAAAGGAGAAAAUCAGUCUUUGUUAUUAGGCUGUUCAGUAUAAAAGGCAAUUUAGUGCUUUCGAAGCAUUUGCAGUAGCUGUAAAACAAGCACCUAUUGUUCAGAGUUCCCUGUUGCUCUUUAAUGGACCAGGCUCAAUGAAUUCACUGGAACACAUUUUUUAAAGCAAAAAAAUUCUCAGUAUACAAGAUAACUAAAUUACUAAAUUACCAAGUUUUGUUUGAAAAUCAAGAGGAUAGAUACAGUCAGUGCCUGCUAAUCCCUUCACAGCCUGCCAUUUUAACUCUUACACUGAACACAACCCAAGGUCAUUUUACAGAAGAAAAGAUCCUAAAGGUAUAAGAGUAUAUUCAGAUUCUCCAUUUCACAAGCAGAAGUUGGAAGUAACAAAUUGGGUCCAUUGUGUUGUUCCCGGGAUGGGCCACGACACACAAAACCAACACUGAACCCUGGGAGUACUUUGUGUAACUGAUUUUUGCCAGUGUCCACAUGCAGAUACUGCAGAAUAAAUCUCUUUAAUUGCAAGGUUAUUUUCUUGCCCUUAAUGCCAGCAUUGUGUUUAUGGCAAUGCACUUCAAAAGAUACUUGAAUUGUAAAGUGAAAUUUGACAGCAGACCUACAAGAAGCUCAUUAGCUUUGGGAGAACUGCAGAUGAUUAUUUUCUGAGAAGUGCAGCUUUCUUCCUCAGAAAUGUUGCACCUCUGAAUCAGCUCACAUUCUCAUUGAAAAAUGAAGUGUCUUGACUCUAGCCUAUUUUUCUGUAUACUAUGCAAUGGAGGUGGGUGUAUUUUAAAACCUAUUUCUGAAUGAUGUUUUUGUACAAUGACUAAUUGUGAAUGAGUGAGUAAUUCUAAGAAUGCUGGUAGAAAAACUAUGCAUCUUUUUGUAAAUACUGUAAGAUUUUGGAAAAAAAACCCAACACAACAGACCCAAAUCACCUCUGUAACAUCUUGCCUUUCUUGUUUGAUUGCUGCAUCAAAGUGUGAUAAACAGUGUUUGAAGCUUGUGCUGAUUAAUCAUCAGAAAGAUGAAUGAUAACAUUGUUUAGAAAUGGCUAAGUUGUCAGCAUGUAAAUUAGGGAUAUUAAAUACAUCACACGAGAUACUGUA